UGGCGCCUGCUGGCCCGGCUGCUGAGCCCGGACUGUGGAGGAGCGGCUGAGAGAGGGCGCAGAAUCAGAGAAGGUCCGAGAAGCAGAUACACUUUGCGUGUUUUCCCCCUUUUAUCUUAUUAUCCCCAUUCCAUUAACCACAGGCUGAAAAAUAUUCCUCUCAAGUGAAAGUCAGCCUGCGGGUGUGAAAUCAGCCGGUGCGCGCAGCGCGUACGGAGUAUUGCGCUGUUUUCUGAGUUUUGGUGGAGGUCGUUCACUAAACUCAGCUGCUGCUCUCGGAGGUCAGUUUGGAUUAUUCGGUGGACGCGUGUUGUAUUGAGCACAAUUCACCACAGAGUUCAUCCCAAAGUUUGGACCGCUGUCACAGCACACUUCUGCCUGUCUUUUAGGUAUGCCUUUGGUCGUCAGUCUGACUCCCGACAGGUAACCAGGCGUGUUGCUGCUCUCAUGGCCUCGACAACCCUGCGAGUGUUCCCUGUCGCUGUGGUCACCAUCCUGGCAGUGCUGGCGUCGUCUGCAGAGAAGCAUGAGUGGCACUUCGAUCCAGCUCAGUGUCGUUACGCCCUGGGGAUGGAGGAUGGCACCAUCCCAGAUUCUGACAUCACUGCCUCCAGCGCCUGGUCAGACUCCACGGAGGCCAAACAUGGAAGGUUGAGUACUGGAGAGGGGGACGGAGCGUGGUGUCCAUUAGGAUCCGUGUUCCCCAGCGGAUCAGAGUACCUUCAGAUUGACCUGCGCAGACUCCACUUCCUGGCUCUGGUCGGCACUCAGGGUCGCCACGCUGACGGACACGGUCAGGAGUUUGCACGCAGUUACCGGCUCCGCUAUUCCCGAGAUGGAGAGAAAUGGAUCACCUGGAAGGACCGCUGGGGCCAAGAUGUGGUGUCUGGUAAUGAGAAUACCUACGAUGUUGUGCUGAAAGACCUCGGACCUCCCAUUGUGGCACGCAUGGUGCGAUUCUACCCCCUCGCCGACCGGGUUAUGAGCGUUUGUCUUCGGGUGGAGCUCUAUGGCUGCCUUUGGAACGAUGGGUUGAAGGCUUACACAGCUCCAGUGGGUCAUGUCAUGCAGCUGCCCGGCAUGUCUGUGUAUCUCAACGACUCCACCUAUGAUGGGAGCACGGAACAAGGGAUACAGUUUGGAGGCCUUGGUCAGCUGUGUGACGGUGUCCUGGGAGGAGACGACUUUACAAAGACUAAGGAGUUGAGGGUGUGGCCUGGGUAUGACUACCUGGGCUGGAGCCGGGAAGCUCUCGGGCAAGGCAGCGUGGAUAUUGAGUUCCACUUUGAGAAACCACGAGUCUUCCACCACAUGCAGGUGCACAGUAAUAACCGUCACACACAGGGUGUGAGGGUUUUCAGCAAAGUGGAGUGCCUUUUUAAGCCUGGCAUCCUCCAGCCAUGGUCCUCUCCUGCCCUCACCUUGCCUGUGCCCCUCGAGGAUCUAAAGGACCCCUCGUCACGACCCAUCUCUCUCCCACUGGGCGGCCGGCCGGCUCAGAUCCUCCGCUGCAAAUUCUACUUUGCCGACCGUUGGCUGCUCAUCAGCGAGAUAUCUUUCCUCUCUGAGCCGUUUGAGGAGGAUGUCACAGACACUGAUUUAUUUCCUCCAAAUAUUCCCAAGAUUCCUGGCACCAAAUCCUCUCCUCCUCCUGUUAAUGUCACCUCCUCUGCUCCCACGUCGAGCCGCGGUGCCUUCAAUUCCACUACCGGGCCUACUGAACCCCCCACCACCACCACCGCUGUCAUGAUGGACACCACUGGUAACUGGACGCUUUCAGGGCCGGCGUUUGCUGCUGUUACUCCGAGGGCGGGGCUUCCCGUGGCUAAAGACGACAGCAGCAAUACAGCCAUUCUGAUUGGCUGCCUGGUGGGCAUCAUCCUUCUGCUCCUGGCUGUGAUAGUUGUCAUUCUUUGGAGGCAGUACUGGAAAAAGUUACUGGGAAAGGCCCAAGGCAGUCUGUCCAGUGAUGAGCUGCGGGUUCACCUCUCCGUCCCCUCGGACAACGUGGUCAUCAACAACACCCACAGCUACUCGAGUCGCUACCAGCGCAUCCACACUUUUCCGGAUGACCGUGACCACGACAGAGAAGCAGAAGGGGAGUAUCAGGAGCCCAGCGCCCUGCUCCGGCCCCGAGAUCACAGAGACAGCACAGCCUUGCUGUUAAACAACCCAACCCAUUACCUGCUCCUACCAGAUCACAGAAAAGGCUUGAGAGCGUUAGUCGUCCCCAGCUCCACACAGGUUCGGGAAAAGAGCCUCAAUGUGCCCCAGGCUUGUGGUCUGGACUUUGACAUGGAGAAAGGUUUCCCCCCAGCACAGGAGGAGCCUCCUCCCUACCCCGGGUCCCCUCCUUACCCUUCCCUGUCUCCGCCCGUGUCUCCCCCGAUGCCCCCCAGCGUCCCCCACUAUGCCGAGGCAGACAUCGUGAGCUUGCAGGGUGUCAGCGGCAACAACACCUACGCUGUUCCGGCCUUGGCCUCUUCAAGCCCCGGAGCUGAUGCCGCCCCGCUGCCAGAGCUGCCACGCCAGUGUCUCAUCUUCAAGGAGAAGCUCGGGGAGGGGCAGUUUGGAGAGGUACACCUGUGUGAAAUCGAGAGCCCUCAGGACCUUCCUACCCUGGAGUUCCCCUUCAAUGUGAGAAAAGGUCGCCCCCUUCUGGUAGCUGUGAAGAUACUGCGCCCAGACGCCUCCAAGAACGCCAGGAACGACUUCCUGAAAGAGGUGAAGAUCCUGUCUCGCUUGAAGGACCCGAACAUAAUCAGGCUGCUGGGGGUGUGUGUGAGCAGUGAUCCGCUCUGCAUGGUCACCGAAUACAUGGAGUGUGGAGACUUGAACCAGUAUUUGUCCCAGCGAGUGCUUCUGGACAAAACUGGGCCUUCACACAAUACGCCAACCAUCAGUUACCCAGCGCUCAUCUCCAUGGCCAGCCAGAUUGCGUCAGGAAUGAAGUUCCUCUCCUCGCUUAACUUCGUGCACCGAGAUCUGGCCACGCGUAACUGUCUGGUUGGGGGUGAGAGGGGCGAGAGCGGAGAGGACCGAGGCGGAGAGCGCCACAUCAAGAUCGCCGACUUCGGCAUGAGCAGGAACUUGUACGCUGGAGACUACUACAGGAUCCAGGGCAGGGCCGUGCUGCCAAUACGCUGGAUGGCCUGGGAGUGCAUACUCAUGGGUAAGUUCACCACGGCGAGCGAUGUGUGGGCGUUCGGAGUCACUCUGUGGGAGAUGCUGAGCGUUUGUCAGGAGCAGCCGUAUUCCACCCUCACGGAUGAGCAAGUCAUCGACAAUGCUGGCGAGUUCUUCAGAGACCAGGGCAGACAGGUGUAUCUGAGCAGGCCGGCCGUGUGUCCUCAGGGUCUCUACGAGCUCAUGUUGAGCUGCUGGAACAGAGACUGCAAGGUCCGCCCAUCUUUCGCUUACAUCCACUCCUUUCUUACGGAGGACGCCAUGAACAUGGUGUAAAGUAAAGCAGAGGAGCAGAAUAAGAAGAAAAGGCUUGUGCGUUCAUGCAUACUUCCCACAGUGGGAAGACGUGGUGGUGGCUACACAUACGGGGCAGACGAAAAGGGAGACCGGGUUGCUCGCUUUUAUAUUUUGUACUUUUUGGGUGGAUGGGGCUGAGAGACCGCUGGUUCGGUUUUAAUUCCACAUCAGACCCCAAAGACAAAGCUAACUUCCUCUUAACAUAGUUUAAGCUACAUUUCUCGCGGGUGGUGGUGGUACUGGUGGUGGGUGCGGUCUGCAUAGCAUCUAAUUUCUUCUCAGCUAAACAAUCAUGGAGGGUUUCGGUGACGGUGAUUAUGUGCUGUAGAGUUAAGGAGCUCAGUUACAGGAAACACUCUGUAAACGUAGGAAAUCAGGAGCUAGGCAGUUAUGAAGUUUAAUGAUUGUUUUUUUUCAGCAUCUCCACACAGGAUGACAGGUGUGGGUCACAUGACUCGCAAAGUUUUAAGAGAAUGCCUCAUGUCUAGAGAAGAAACACACACAAACACACACACACAGACAGGGAUUGUGUCAGUACUUAUAGUAUGUAUAAAUUACUGCACACAGACAUGGCUGAUGGCUGAGCUAGAACCUCAGUGAUGGAUUUCAUUUUUAUCUCAGCCCGUUAUCCGUACGUAGCGACCCACGUCCAGAGUUGUCAGUUUUAGUGGACUAAUGUGAAAUGAUGUGGACCAGACAACAGCAGCCCUCUUUCUGCAAUGUGAUCAAGUCAACGCCAACGUCGUAGUCAAAAACCCCAAAAAAGAAAUAUUUGAACUUCAUCUUUGAGCCACAGUUUAAAAAAACAAAAAACAAAACAGGUUGUAUGAACUUCUCUAACCUGAGAAAAAGGUGCAGAAGAGGAGACCCUGCUACACCUUUGCUGCUCCCACAAACUGGAACAGCUUUUCCAAGCAGAUGUAACACCAGCCAGGCGGUGGACGGGACUUCAGAUGCGCCUGCUCGGGUGUUUUGGCUGUGACUCAUCAAAAAGGAAAGACUUUUUUUUUUUAAUUCCAAAAACCAGCUGCACUUUAAACCCUUCACGAAUCCCCGGCUGUGAUGAAACUCGUCUCUGUGAUGAUUCCUCUUUGAUGUGGAUUCUAAUGCUUUUUUUUUUUUUUUUUGCAAAGUGAGAUUGAAGCGAAUCACAGAAACAGGACAAAACCUGCUUUUUUAAAAUCCUCUCCAACACAGCGUCGCCAAACCAUUAGAUGUAAAAUAUUCUAUUUUGUAAAUGGAAUGGCAUCCUCAGUUACUUUCAUUUUAAAUGUGUGACAACCUUCUGUUCAUUUUUUUUUAAUGCGCUGACAUGUUUAGUCGUCCAGUAAUCUGUUUCCAUUCAUCCUCAUGUCUCACUGUAAUCGUUGUUCAGAAGGAUAUUAUGUGUAGUAUCCGAUAUUAAGCGGGUCAUUCCAUGGAAAGUAAUCAGUGCCUCCCACCUGAGCCCAUCAGAACCAGCAGAUAUUUUUGUACAAAAAAAUGUGACAUGCAUGCUUAUACUGUACAUACUUCAUACUAUGAAUAUUUUCCAAAUAAUAGGAACUCAAAGUACAUAGGUGAGGGUUCAGAUGUUAUGCUUUUUAUUUUAAAUUCUUGUUUUAGCAUUUUCAAGACCUCCAAACGUUAAAAGUGCAGGGAAUAGCUACACGACGUUGUCAAGCCUGAGAAAAAUCGAUUCCAACUGUCGAAAUCUGAGGUAAAAAACUUUGUUUAGUGAUCCAGGCCCAGAACGCAGCAGUGAACACUAGUGUCAAGGCAUUUGGAUGAGUAAAGUGAGUAAAAGGAACAUGUCAUCCUGUGCCAAAACAAAACAGCAGAGAAAAAAGAACUUUCAUCUGUUAUAACCACAUGUUUAUAUGAGCCUUGAAACAUUACCCACAGUCCACUUUUUGUUUCUUCCUGUGAGAAAAUAGACAAAGCAUCCAGGCUACUUAUCAUUAUAUCUGUUUCUCUAUAGCAUACAGAUUAUAUGGGUGUAGUCUUGCUUUACAGCUAUGAUUGAUCCAGCACCCCUAUAGUCCACUUGACUGAGCAGGCAACGUGUGUGUCAAAGACUGGAGUCCUCAUCAGUGUCGAAUCAAACCUGCGUUUCAUUCUACCUUCACUCACUCACACGUUCUUAUCAAAUAAAUACAAAAAGUUAAACUAAAUUAAAAAUAAAAACAUUUAUCUUCUACCACUUGUUCAAUUGAGGGUCGAUAUAGGGUAAAAGUAGGGUAUAGCCUGGACGGAUUGCCAGUCUGUUGCAGGGCUAACAGAGAGACAACCACUCAUGCUCACAUUCGCACCUAUUGCCAAUUCGGGCUUACCCGAACCCACACUCGUCUUUGAACUGCGGGAGAAAACCAGAGAGGGGAGAGAACAUGCAAACUCUGCACAAAGUUCAUCUUAAAAUUGGUUAUAGAAAAAAUGUGCCAAGUAAAUACGAGGUAUUUCCUCCAGGUUGUGACGGCGGGGGUUUAUUAAUAAUAAUUUAAUAUUUACAUCAAAACUAAAAUAUGUUUUUCAGCCAUUUCAUCUGUCUCUUUUACUUAAGGGGCUCAAAAAAUUCAGAAAAAAAGAACACAAAAUAAGCACCAAGUUUUAACCAACUCUUAAAAUAUUUAUGGUAUGAAUGUAAUAUUUUGCAUGAUUUUUGUUAAAUAGAAUUAUUGUACCAAAAAUAUAUUGAUUCAGAGGGGAUCAGGUGGAAACUUUUUACACAUAUAUAUAUAUAUAUAUAUAUAUAUAUAUAUAUAGAUAUAUAUAUAUUUGGUUGACUUUAUAUUGAAUGACCCAGUCUGACUGCGGUAGAAUCAGUGCAUCUACCUUACCGACAGUGCAGCACUGUAAAUCAGUCCUGAUCAACAUCAUGAAGUAACAAAUUCACCGGUGGUGAAUGGUUGUGCCAUACGAGUCCUUUUUGAUACACUGUAGUUUAACUAAACCCAUAUUUUUUUAUAUAUACUAUACGUACUUAGGCUCUCCUUGUUGUCUGGUUUUUGUCCCGUUCUGUCUAAAGCUGAAAAUCACAGUAUGUACAUAUUUUAAGGACAGAAUUACAAUUUCAUUUAAUAAUAUAUAGAAAACUCUGUCCCAUCUGGGGGUCUUCUGUGUCUGUGUAGAACGCUUGCUACGUUGAUGCUCUUGUAAUUCACUGUGUUGUCUAUUUUUGUAGAUGUUUUAAUAAAGUUAAUCUUUUCAAAAUCA